UGGGGGUGCCGCCACCGCCUAGUCCGCCCCGCGCCCGCUCAGGUCCCGCCGCGGCCGCGCCGUCGUCGCGGCGACCCCGCCUGCUCCUCCGCCCGCCCGUCCGCACCGCCCCCUGAAGCCGGCCGGCCGGGCCCGGAGGCAGGGCCGAGUCCUCGCCAUGCCGGCCCGGCGGCCGCGGGGGCUGCUGCUGCUGCUGCUGCUGCUGGCGCUGCUGCUGCCCGGCCCUGGGAUCUUCGGCAGCCCCAGCACCGUCACUCUCCCGGAGACCUUGUUGUUCGUGUCCACCCUGGACGGGAGCUUGCAUGCCGUCAGCAAGAGGACAGGCUCCAUCAAAUGGACUCUGAAGGAAGAUCCGGUUCUGCAGGUUCCGACCCACGUGGAAGAGCCUGCCUUCCUCCCGGACCCCAAUGACGGCAGCUUGUACACGCUCGGAGGCAAGAACAACGAAGGGCUGACGAAACUUCCCUUUACCAUCCCCGAGUUGGUGCAGGCGUCCCCGUGCCGAAGCUCCGACGGGAUCCUGUACAUGGGGAAGAAGCAGGACAUCUGGUACGUCGUGGACCUGCUGACCGGGGAGAAGCAGCAGACGCUAUCCUCGGCCUUCGCCGAUAGUCUCUGCCCGUCCACGUCGCUGCUGUACCUCGGACGCACAGAGUACACCAUCACCAUGUACGACACCAAGACGCGGGAGCUGCGCUGGAACGCCACCUACUUCGACUACGCCGCCUCGCGGCCCGAGGACGACCUGGAGCACAAGAUGUCCCACUUCGUGUCCAACGGCGAUGGGCUGGUGGUGACCGUGGACAGCGAGUCAGGGGACGUGCUGUGGAUCCAGAACUACGGGUCCCCGGUGGUGGCCUUCUACGUGUGGCAGCGCGAGGGGCUGCGGAAGGUGCCGCACGUGAACGUGGCGGUGGAGACGCUGCGCUACCUGACCUUCAUGUCUGGCGAGGUGGGCCGCAUCACCAAGUGGAAGUACCCCUUCCCCAAGGAGACCGAGGCCAAGAGCAAGCUGACACCGACACUGUACGUGGGGAAGUACUCCACCAGCCUCUACGCCUCCCCGUCCAUGGUGCACGAGGGCGUGGCCGUGGUGCCCCGAGGCAGCACGCUCCCGUUGCUGGAAGGCCCCCAGACCGAUGGGGUGACCGUUGGAGACAAGGGGGAGUGUGUGAUCACGCCCAGCACCGACCUCAAGUUCGACCCUGCGCUCAAGGGGAAGAACAAGCUCAACUACUUGAGGAACUAUUGGCUCCUCAUCGGGCACCAUGAAACCCCGCUGUCCGCAUCCACCAAGAUGCUGGAGAAGUUCCCCAACAACCUGCCCAAACACCGCGAGAACGUGAUUCCCGCCGACUCGGAGACAAAGAGCUUCGAGGAAGUCAUCAAGCUGGUCGACCAGGCUGCAGAGACGGCGCCCAGCACCCUGUCGAAGGACGUGGAGCAGAAGCUCGCCCACGCCCCCGCCAAGCCCGAGGCCCCCGUGGACUCGGUGCUCAAGGACAUCGCCACCAUCGUCCUCAGCACCUUCCUGCUCAUCGGCUGGGUGGCCUUCAUCCUCACCUACCCCCUGAGCGUGCAGCAGCAGCACCUCCAGAAGAUCCAGCUCCUGCACCAGCAGCUGCCCUUCCGCCCCGCGGGGGGCCCCGAGCCCCUGGACUCGUCCUCGGGGCCCUACUCGGAGAGCUCGGCCGCCAGCAGCCCCAGCACGUCACCCCGCGCCUCCAGCCACUCGCUGCCUUCCAGCGGCUCGGCCUCCAGGGGGGGCCCGUCCCCGGAGCAGGACGAGGAAGACGAAGAAACCAGCCUGGUGAUGGUGGGCAAGAUCUCCUUCUGCCCCAGGGACGUGCUGGGCCACGGCGCAGAGGGCACCAUCGUGUACCGGGGCAUGUUUGACAGCCGCGCCGUGGCCGUCAAGAGGAUCCUCCCCGAGUGCUUCAGCUUCGCCGACCGGGAGGUGCGGCUGCUGCGGGAGUCGGACGAGCACCCCAACGUCAUCCGCUACUUCUGCACCGAGCGCGACCGGCAGUUCCAGUACAUCGCCAUCGAGCUGUGCGCGGCCACGCUGCAGGAGUACGUGGAGCAAAAGGACUUUGCACACCUCGGCCUGGAGCCCAUCGCCCUGCUGCAGCAGACCACGUCGGGCCUGGCGCACCUGCACUCCCUCAACAUCGUCCACAGAGACCUGAAGCCCCACAACAUCCUCCUCUCCAUGCCCAACGCGCACGGCAGGAUCAAGGCUAUGAUCUCCGACUUUGGCCUCUGCAAGAAGCUGGCCGUGGGCAGGCACAGCUUCAGCCGCCGCUCGGGGGUGCCCGGCACCGAGGGCUGGAUCGCGCCCGAGAUGCUCAGUGAAGACUGCAAGGAGAACCCCACCUACACCGUGGACAUCUUCUCCGCGGGCUGCGUCUUCUACUACGUCAUCUCCGAGGGCAGCCACCCUUUCGGCAAGUCCCUGCAGCGGCAGGCCAACAUCCUCCUGGGCGCCUACAGCCUCGACUGCCUGCACCCCGAGAAGCACGAGGACGUCGUCGCCCGGGAGCUGAUCGAGAAAAUGAUCGCCAUGGACCCCCAGAAGCGGCCCUCGGCCAAGCACGUGCUGAAACACCCCUUCUUCUGGAGCCUGGAGAAGCAGCUCCAGUUUUUCCAGGAUGUGAGCGACCGGAUAGAGAAGGAGUCCCUGGACGGUGCCAUCGUGCGGCAGCUGGAGAGAGGCGGGCGGGCGGUGGUGAAGCUGGACUGGAGGGAGAACAUCACCGUCCCCCUGCAGACAGAUCUGCGCAGAUUCAGAACCUAUAAAGGCGGCUCCGUCCGGGACCUCCUCCGGGCCAUGAGGAAUAAGAAGCACCAUUACCGGGAGCUGCCGGCCGAGGUGCGGGAGACCCUCGGCUCCCUGCCCGACGACUUCGUGCGCUACUUCACGUCCCGCUUCCCGCACCUGCUCACGCACACCUACCGCGCCCUGGAGCUGUGCAGCCACGAGCGCCCCUUCCAGCCCUACUACUCCCACGAGCCCCCCGAGGCGCAGCCCCCCGCCACCGCUGCCGACGGCCUCUGAGCCCGGGCAGGUCCCGCGGCGGCGGCGGCCGACCCCGACGUGCCUGCGGGAGCUGGCAGGAAGCUUCUGGACCCGGGCGCGGGCUGGAGGAGGGGGCCAGCGCCUUCUCCCGGACACGCUCGCUUCCGGCUCUGGGCCCCGUCCCGGCCGCGGGUUUGACUCUUCCUGGCAGCUCCGUCCUCAGCCCUGCGGGGCUGAGAUGCACCAGCUGUGCCAUCGGCUCCAGGCGGGGCCCGGAACGAUGGCAGGGCUGGGCGUCCCCACCGCGGGGCUGGGCUCCGUGGCUGGACGCGUCGUCUGGUCCUUUGGGAUUGGAGAGGAUGCGUGUGUCCUCGGGCCUGAGGGGCGAGGGGUACAGGGGGUGCCGCCGUGGUCUUCGGGGGUUUGUGUUCUGGGUCCUGUGGGGGCUGAAGGGGACCCCGGAGGACAAGAAGUGACAGAUUCCCAGGCCGCCGAGUGGGGCGGGUGCGUGGGCGGGCAGCGGGGCACACGGGACAGGGCCGGAGCCGGAAGCCGAGGCCGGCCUGUCCCUUGCCUCCCGGGCAGGCCGUGGCAUUUUUCUGGGCAGAUUUUAAUAGGUUUAUAUUCCAGUCGCACCCUAGAGGGCGACAUUAGCGAGAGUGGGCUCGGCCAGGGCCCCACCCGGGAAGCGUCUGUUGGGGGCGGGGGUGUCCCCCCCCCCCCGAAGCAGUGCCCACUCGGAGAAGGCUGGUACUGCGGGGCCCAGUGCCGCCCUGGACAAGACCCGACUGUCCAGAAGUUACCGUGCGUUUUUAACUUUGAUUUUAGUCAGAAAUGGCUCGUCUCCGGUCUCCCAAGAGCCGGAGGGGUCCGAGGCGGUCAGGGUUUUGCGCCAGGAAACUCAUCCCAGAGCUUUCCCGGGGCCUGGAGAGCUCAGAGAUCCCCCGGUCUGCUGCCUGGGGCGUUGCUUCCUGGGGGGGCUGCGGGAGGGCCCUGCCCAGCACGCCUGCCUGGUCUGCGUCCACUCCCUGCCUUUCUCGAUGCCUUGCUGCAGAGGAACCCCCGUUUCCAAACCCUUCCUCGGGCCUUGCUCCAAAGGAACCUUGGUUUCCGCCUUCUCGAUGCCUUGCUCCAGUGGUACCUUCUCCCCCUUUCUCCAUGCCUUGCUCCAGCAGCACCUUCUGCCCUGGACCCUCAGUGGUGACCUCAUUGCGUCCAGGGCACCCAGAGACCCUCUUGCGGCCCCUGGUGUCUCCUGCCACCUGGCCACAGAGCCCAACUCGCCCAUGCUGGCGCCGGCCUGGCACUUGGCUCUGCACCCGCCCAGGGCUUAGAGUCAGAACCCAGCACCGGCGCCCGCUCCUGCUGCCAGGCCGUCUCCCGGGGGCAGUGCCCGCCGGAGCCCAGGCCACCUCUGGGCUAAGACUUUGAAAGGCCUUUUCCGCCGGAGUCUCUGACCCCCCCACCCUCUCAGACCUGUCUCUUUGCAGUCUUGGAUUUGAGCGCCACCGGCUGCGGGGGGCAGGACGCGGGGGGGGGGGCAGGGGGACGCCUGGGUUCCCGGGAGGCAGACCGGAGCACACCCGGCUCUCCUAGGAGCGUGGGGGUGACAUGUGGGACGAUGCCAGUGAAGAAACCGAGCGUGGGGUUGGGCCUCGCGCGCCUGUCGGGCCCUCGUCAGCCCCUUGGGGGCUGGGGAGGCCUGCGUGGGUGCGGGUCACAGAGACGCUUGUGCAGCACUAGGGGGGCCCAGAGCCCCGGGCCCCACGUGCUGUGGCAGUGCCCGUUGUGGGCCGGCCGGGAGCCCCGCUGCUGUAGGAGUUGGGGCUGGGGCCGCUGAGCCCUUCCCUGUUUCACCAGGGCAGGGGGCUGCCCGGUUCCCGAGGGGCCACUGGCCUGGCCGGGGUGAGCAGACCAGCCUGUGUGCCCUGCCGCUCUCUCGGCCUCUUGAGCCUUUUUCACUUGAGUGUUGAGAUGGUCCGCGUCACACUGGCUUCAGCGCAUUUGCACUUUGGGGACUUGCUGGUCUCACGCAGCAAGUCACUGGCCCGCCUCGUGGCCAAAGCAGAAUAUCCUGGGUUCACAGUGCCCCCCUCCCUCUCCACACACACACACACACACACACACACACACACACACACACAUAUGCACACACAUGUACACAUGCACACACGCAUGCUGAGUACAGCCCAGCCCCGCCUGCCUGCCCUGGGCCCCAGCUGCCUUGGGGCUGCCCGAGGCUGCUGUGUGUCUCCUGUGGGCACCUGUGGCCCCUGAGCCAAUGUCCCACCUUGUCACUGUCCCCUCCGCCCCUCUCCCCAUGUCCUGUCCACUCAGGGCCCACUGUCCUGGAGGGCGUGUGUCCCCGGGCCUGGCCUGGGACCGGCUCAUUAGCCUUAGACCAAAGUACCCACCAGCCCUGCCCUCUGCCCUCUGUCUCGCUCGGCCUCCGCCGUCAGACUGUCCAAACUCCCUGUACUCAUUGGAAACCCAUCCAGCACCGGCUCCCGGGAGCUCCCCGCUGGGGCAGCCUUAACCGACACUUUCGGACAGAGACCCCACGAGCCCCCCCCCCCCCCGCCCCCAACCCUCGCCUGCGCUCUCGGUGAGUUCGGCGGGUCCAGUGCUCCUCGGUACCCGGGAAACUGUGAUGGGGGCGUCCCCACCUACCUAGAAAGCAUGAACGGCCCGCCGGGCGGCCUUUCGCACGCGCAGCCUCCGGACGAUGUUCCCGCCGCGGCGACCUAUUUAUUUAUCCUAUUUAUAUUUAUUUAAUUUUUACUCGGUCGUGUAUCCAGUUGCCAUUGCACUUGCUUCACGUCCGCCCGCUUCGAUCUGGACCACAGCCCUGACCCGUGGGAGACGGGGAGAGGAACAGUUAGGCCGUGCCGCGGGAGGCUGCCUCGUGCCCGCCCCGCGGCCAGGAGUCGGCCAGGGUAGACCCGUUCAUUUUAAGGCAAUUCUCCCCCCCGCAUCCCCCCAAAAAAAAAGUUUCUGUGCCAUUCUCUCUUCUCUGUGAACUGGAUCCUGUGAUGGGCGUGUGUGAACUGUGUGAUAAACCCUCUCUGUGGAAAUUUUCGUCUUUUUUUAGCUUUAUAUUUUAUAAACUGCCAGACUUACAGUUUUUAUGUGUAUUUUUAAAGCCCGCUGAUGUGAGGGUAAGUGGAGAAACGGCCUAUUUUUGUACCUCCUGUACAGUUUUGUAAUUCCGCUGAUCAAUGCGUCUCUUGUAGAGGCAACCAAUAAAAGUUGUUUUUAGAUUUGGAAA